AUGCGACCAUUCCUGUUGUUUUCACUCCCUCUGGGAGCUACUGCUCAGCUCGUCCGAGAUGGAUUCGUCAGUAAUGUUCCAGAUUGGACCGGAUUAUCCAUGUUUGUGGCCAGGUGGGAGCCUCUCUGUGGCGAACUUACCGAAACAUGGGCAACAGGAAACAACGCUCCAGAUUGCAUUCCGGCGAUGUACAGCUACAGCAAUGACACCCAGUUAACGCUCGGAUUAUACGAUUACUUUGGCGUCCGUGUCAUGAAUGCUGGCAUUGGACUUGGGAGGCCACUUUGCUUGUGCUUUUCAUUGCGCUCGCGGAUUGUGGCCACUCAACAGGAGGAUAUUUGCUGGAAUUUUGAUGGAAACGGGGUCGUUGCAACAUCUGCCAAUGGCUAUGUGACUGGGAGCUGGAGGAUCGGCACAAAAUCGCUUCCUUGGUGUACAGGAGAUGGCCCUUCCACGCUCGUCAAUGCAUGGUCACAGACCGCUUUCUUCCCUUCCUCCGCUGGAUCCACACAGGCACCUAAUUCGACACAAAGCGGCCUACCAGUGAUCAACUCGACUGGAAACAGGCGCACGACACUGGCCGUCGGACUCAGCGUGGGGCUCACCGUUGGAAUACUUGCAAUCGCUGCGCUUGUCGGGUUCUGGUUCUGUCUGAAGCAUCGAAGGCGCCAGCCUUCGGGUAAUCCCGGCGCACAUACGGGACCAUAUCCUCAAAAUGCGCCAUAUCCUACGAAUGCACCAUAUCCUACAAAUGCGCCAUAUCCUACAAAUGCGCCAUAUCCUGCAAAUGGAACCCAAAAACCUCCUUUGAACUCGCGUUGGUAA